CAAAGCAAACCCAGAACCCAGCUAAACUCCUACCAAACCCAAAAUGAUUUCCUCCAAGCUUAGAAGCUCAUUUUCUUUUCCAAAUGUUCUCCUCUCGUGCUUGAACUUCACUCUCUUUAUCCUCUCUGCAGCCUCUCUCGUUCCCAUUAUUCUCCUCAAAAUGCCCCCAACUUCAUUGGGUUUAGCAUUUCUAAUGGUCUCAUCCUUCUCCCUUUUCUCCUCCUUCCUGGGUUUCUACUCCCAGCUCACCCAUUUCUGCUACAUGACCCACAUGUCCCUUCUACUCGCCUCCUUGAUUGGGCAAAUGCUCGGUGUAUUAACCCUAUUUACCAAAGAAAAAACGAGUCUUUCAAUGCUGAAAUCGCCCCGAGACCCAAGAGAGGCCAUGGUUUUGGCAAGAUUGGAGUGUGGGAUAUUGAUGGCAAUGGUGCUGGUUCAGUUGGUGCUGCUAGUCCUCACCUGCGUUGUGCACAGCUGUUGGAUGAGCGAAUACGAAGGAUUGGAGGCAGAGAGGGAGGAAACAGCGAAGCGAAGGAACCGCCGAAUUGCGAAAGUGCAGGAGGAAUCAAUGGCAAAUGCAGCUAAGAUUGCUGAGGUUAGAGCCAAGGAACUAGAUGAGAAGAUGAAGAGCAAGUAUGCUCAGUGGGUGAAAACUGAUUUUGAAGGCUAAAGAAGAUGAUACCAAGUUUUUCUAGCAUUUCUCCCAUUUCAGAUGCCGCUGCUUGUUAUAUAUUUGGGCUGUGAUUUGUGUGGUUCUUUAUGUUCGGUCACCAUUGUGGUGGCUCACUGAAUUUGUUGUCCAUCUGUGUCACCUGGGUUUCUUUUUGAUGUGAAAUACUAUAUAAUAUACUGCUAAAAUAAAAUUCAUAUCAGUGGAGUUUUCUCAAAUGAAACUUAUGUAAUAAGUGAUGGGUUUUCAUCAUUUAAACAGUAAAAUCAAGGCCCUUCA